AUGACGGAGAAGUUUCCAGAAUUGAUCCUCACUGGCACCCUCACUCUAGAGAACUUGAACAAGUACGCACUCGACCGACGGAUUCACGAUUACGACGGGCCUAUGCUGCGUUAUGGCAAUCUCAGGAAGGACCUAGGCGACUACCUGUUGGAACACGCGAUUUACCCAGAGGACGAGUCAAUUGAUAGCAACCCCGGCGGCACGCAAGCAGAGCGGAGGAUGUGGAUGCGUGGAUUCCUGUGGGAAGAGGGUCAUUCCGAGUGGCCAAGUAUCUGGAACGAGCCCAAAGACCACCGAGCAUGGCUGAGGAAGCAUCUUGACUUGGUCGACUUCAUGGUCGAUAUACACGGCAACCAACCGACGGUAAUUAUGCAACGCUAUGGCGCUGCCGUCUAUAACGCUAAUAUGGAUCAACUGUGGGGAGAACAACUAGAUGUUGAUGAGGCUGCUAAACAGUUGAUUAUCGAAGCCGUUAAGUACGCAGUAAGAGAGAUUGUCGCUGAGUGUGACGGUGUAGUCGCAAGUAUGGAGCCGUACAUGGAAGAGCUGAAGGCGGCUAUUAAGGGCCUUAUGAAGGUUCAGAGGAACGUUUCGAGGUACUAG